GUGAGUGUCAGUCACUGUGAAAGCGCGCGCACUUGUCUGUGUCUCACACCACAACUCCAUAGAGCGUUGAGGGAAGCUGCAACUCAACUUGCCUUUUCUUCGACCAAAAACGUUCAGAGUUGCCUAUACGUGUACUUUGUCAGGGUGAGGAAAACUUAUGAAAGGAUUUCAUUUGCAUCCCUGGCAGCCUACGUAGCCUACAUUCAGCAGUUUUGCGGUUGAACUUUCAGAAGCGGUGAGAUGCCAUGCCAGCGGAGAAACCUACAACCACUCAGGUGCCCAGCGCAAACACUCGUGCACACAGCCAAAGUGAGUAACGGAACGGAAGUGUUUACAAUAUUAAAAAGUCCCACUGAAGGUCUACCGGAUCUGCUUCAUGAAAUCUAGCAGCUGUUUCCUUUAAGACUUUCAAUGAAAGGCUGAAGUGAGCUGGACCUAAGGGACAGGCUGGUGAACGGGUAAUGCAAGAUUUAUUGAGGGGUGUCUCCGUUGACCCUACAGUUUCCAGAGUGAACCCCAAAGUGCUUCUACCAUCUGCUACCAGAUUCAUCCUACCCCCUCUUUCCCUUGAAAAAGAGAGAUAUUUGGUUACAGCAAUGGUCAGAUUGGCUCAUCCACACACCUAUUGCAAGAGCCACUGAGCAAUUAUCGGGAGCAUAACUAUGUGUGUCUUUGAGGAUGUUCUUUCAUACUGGUUGAUGGCACCAUGUCUUCUCUUGUCUACAUUGUUCUUGAGCUGCUGAUUGCGGUUUUGGCCGUAGCAGGGAACGUUCUAGUGUGCUGGGCCGUCUGCCUCAACAGCAAUCUCCAGACCAUCACCAACUUCUUCGUGGUGUCACUGGCCGUGGCGGAUAUCGCAGUGGGACUCCUGGCCAUUCCGUUCGCCGUCACCAUCAGCAUAGGCUUUUGCAGCCAUUUUCAUGGAUGCCUCUUCAUCGCCUGCUUCGUGCUGGUCCUCACACAGAGCUCCAUCUUCAGUUUGUUGGCCAUCGCUGUGGACCGGUACAUUGCCAUCAAGAUCCCAUUGAGGUACAACAGCCUUGUCACAAGCCAAAGAGCCAAAGGCAUCAUUGCAGUAUGCUGGAUUCUUUCAGUGGUCAUCGGCCUGACCCCCAUGCUAGGCUGGAACAGUCACGUCGACGCGGGCACCAACAGCUCCUGUCCUCAAGGUAUGACAGAAUGCCUGUUCGAGAAGGUGGUCACCAUGGGUUACAUGGUUUACUUUAACUUUUUCGGCUGCGUCUUGAUACCGCUAAUUGCUAUGCUGACCAUCUACGCAUGGAUCUUCAUGGCUGCCCGUCGCCAGCUCAGACAGAUGGAGCAGAAGCUAGUGCACAUGCACGGACACACUCACGGGGACGGAUCCUCUUCCCGGUCCACACUGCAAAAGGAGGUCCACGCGGCCAAAUCGCUGGCUAUCAUCGUGGGCCUCUUCGCUAUUUGUUGGCUCCCGUUGCACAUCAUUAACUGCUUCACAUUGUUCUGCCCUCAGUGUGAUCGAGCUCAGGAUUGGGUCAUGUACCUGGCCAUCAUGCUUUCACAUGCUAAUUCAGUAGUGAACCCGUUUAUAUACGCCUACCGAAUACGUGACUUCAGGCACACCUUCCGAAGGAUCAUCCGACAACACUUCCUGUGGCAUGAGAACAGACUGGCCAUUGGUAACAGCAACGGAGGUAUGGCUGCUUCUUCUGCUGCGGUCAGUGUGAUUGAGACUUCUUGUACGAUGUCCAAUGUCUUUGUGCUGGAUCCCAAUCCCAUUCACGGCAUGAUUUCUUGCGAUGAAUUUACAAAGCAAAUGCCCCAAAAAAUCAGGCCAAAAACGGAAUUCCAAGACUUAGGAUAUAGUUUAAAUGGAACUUUAGAACAUUCCUUUCCCACCAGUUCAACACAGAUUUUUUCAUUACACGCCGGGGAGGAAGUUCCUUCCAUCAAAAACCAUGGAGAUAUCAUGACGGUAAAAGACUCUAGUGCUAUUACCAAUGUACAUGUCAAAUGUCUGCUCCCCGUAAGGACAAGCAACUCAUCUGAUCUUGCAGAAGUGUCAUGACACACACUUCCGUGAUCCCCAACAAUUUGUCCGAAAAUAUCCAAAUGAGGCUUGUUUUGUUCUUCACAAAGCAAUCACUGAUCACUGAGUUGCUGUGCUAGAGAGGGUGACUUCAUUUACAGUACUAUCUAGGCCAGGGUCAGGAAAGAUAAAGCUAUAAGAGGAUCUCAUAGCUCCUGUGGGAACCCUUACUGCACAAAUUCCAGGAAUUUUUACUACUCUUUGCUGUCAAACACCCCUGAUGGUGUUUGCAGAUUUUCAGACCUCAUAAAGAACUUGUUUUCUGACAUUGUAGAGUUUUUUUUUUUGUGUGUGGGUGCAUAUGAUUCUAAGGAGCUUUAAUAAAAGAGCAUUGUUCCUGGUCAAAGUGGGGGAGGCCUAAUGGAUUAAAUCAAUACUCUAGGGAAUUCAGCUAAACCUAUUGUGACCAUGCCAUAUGGAAAUAUCAUCUUUCUGUGCUUUUUUUAGGAGAAGUAUGUCCAAACUUAGAACAUGUACCAUCAAUAUACUUGCCGGAACUUCUGUAGCGCUUUAAACAUAGGGCUGCACGAUUUCCGGAAAAAAAAAAAUAUAAUUGCAAAAUUGUGAAUGCGACUUAUUUGUUUGUAGGGCUGCACAAAUUGUCCAGAAAUGUUUCGCAAUAUAUGAAAAUAUUAAAAAUGAAAUAUACUAAUAUGACUAUAAAAUAAUACAUAAAAAACAAGAAAUGUUACCAUUGUAUUUAUUUCACUGUAAAAAUAAAAACAUUAUCAAAAGAUUAUGUAAUAAUAAUAAUCUCAAAUGCACGAACCAAGCCGCUCUGAGACUCUGAGAACUCCAGAUCAUGAGCUGUGAGCUUAUACACUCUUCACACUUAUGUCAUUAAAUCACAGCCUUUGCGAUUAAUAAUCGCACCAAGCGAUAUCGUGAUUCCUUUUUUAUUUCGAUUAAUCGUGCAGCCCUGUUAAAACAUGACCAAACUGAAUUAUACUGUACUACUGAUUGUAAGCAUGUGUUAAUAUUUAAGAAAAUGCACUAAAUAAAACAAAGCUAUAACCAAAACACAAAUAGAGUGUUAUGUGGUGUACACUCUCAACGGAAAAAGUACAAGUUGUUACUGGGGCGGCAUGCAGGUACAAAAAAAAGCCAAAAGGUUCAGCUUUUUUACCUUCAUCCGCAAAGGGUAAUUAGGGAACCUUGAGUAGUGAUAUAUUUUAGGACCUUUUGAAAGGGUAUUGCCCCAGUGACAUCUGUUGUAUCUUUGGGUUCUACCUUUUUAAUGUGCUUGAUUAGAAUCAUCAAUUAUGCUCAGAGUUUAAGCCAUACUGUUUGUGCAACAUCAAGUGUAUAUUCUGGUGCUCAAUAAAGUGGACUUUGAUUCCUAUAUAAUGAUCGAAAUUCCCAGAAGAAUGCAAGUAUAAACUGUAAUGAUUCACAAAUACUAUAUUAA